AUGGCGAUGAUGAUGACUGGCCGUGUGCUGCUGGUGUGUGCCCUCUGCGUGCUGUGGUGCGGUACUUCUGGCGGUAGAUGUGACGACGUAAAACAAAAAGAAUUGCUGGAUCAACGGUCUGUAUCUCAACUCGGUGAAGAAAGUCAGCGGGCAUCAUCAGAGUCGAUCGAUGGAGGCCCCGAAGAAGCGAAGCAAAGGUUGGAAAAACAAAAAGGAAUGGAUGCUGGCCCGCAAGUGAAUUCGGGCGUACAAACGCCAUCCGAAAGUUUAAGUGCAAAAGAAGAAGAAUUAACAAAAAAACGUGAUGAAUUAUCACCAAAACCGCACAACGAAAACGGAGUAAAUCCGCCUCCUGAACAUGUAGCAAACGAACAACAAGAAAACCCUGCACGCAACAAUCCAAUACGUCGUGUAGGAGAAUCAACGAACGACCCGGAGAGAAAAGACUCAUCAAAAUUGCCUCCUCCCACCAGUGACCCACCAGUUCCAACGCCAUUAACACCAAACAUUACAAACGAAACACCACCCAUAACUACAGGAAACAUUGCGGUUGGAAAAGGAAAAGGCACUGACGUUGAAAAUGAAGAUGGCAAAAGAAACAAGACAAACGAAGGAAAACAACAAAAAAUUCAAACACAACAGCAACAAGAACAACUUCUGCAAGUGCAACAAGAGACACUCUCUGCUUCAUCCACAGGGCCGGUGGAAAAGGAAAGUACACCACCGCCAGUUGCAAAGCAACAGGAAUUGCCACCGAAGGAAGUAACCACUGAUUUAAAAGAACAAUUGCGAAAAGAAGCUCCUUCAGCUGCCACGCACAGUAAAUCAAAUGGUAAUAACGAUCCAACAUUGUCAUCCGCUCCUGGAGAUGCUGCUGCUGUUGCCAAUCAUUCUGCAGAUAAGAAUACAGCGACAGUUCACAACGAUACGGAAUCCUCUGAAACGGUAGUAACAGAAGAAGACCACCAAAAUGAACAUACCGCGGAUAAUGAAGGAGAGAACAUGAAAAACAAAAACAUCGUUGUUACAAAUCACACCACGAGUACACAGAACAGUGACAGCAGCACCGCGAUCCCCCACACCACCUCCCCUCUUUUGCUUCUUGUUGUUGCGUGUGCGGCUGCUGCUGCGGUGGUGUCCGCGUGA